UGAGUGUGUGUUUGCGAGCGUGUGUGUGUGUGUGUGUCUCUGUUGUUUUAAGGGGGAGGGUCUGACCAAAAGAUAGAGAGAGAGAAACGGGAGUGCGACAACGGCACAGCGGCGUGAGCCAGCCACAGUUAUUGAUUGAUACCCUGAAUUUCUUUCGUCUAACGGGUCUUUUGCUCCUACACUGCACAAGAAGACGGUUCCCCCGUUCCGUGUCCCCCUCCCCUGUAACGCUUUCUUUCACUCAUCUACGGAGACUCAACGUGCUGCAGGAUGUCACAGAUUCUCCCUAUAAGAUUUCAAGAACAUCUGCAGCUGCAGGGUGUGGGUGUGAGUGCAGCCCAUAUCGGCUUCAGCUACCUGACUAUGGAGUCGGACAAGUUCAUCUGUGUGCGGGAGAAAGUGGGCGAGCAGAACCAGGUGGUCAUCAUCGACAUGGCCGACCCCACCAAUCCCAUCCGAAGGCCAAUCACGGCCGACAGCGCCAUCAUGAACCCCGCCAGCAAGGUCAUCGCCCUGAAAGACGCCUCCCGCACACUCCAGAUCUUCAACAUGGAGAUGAAGAGUAAGAUGAAGGCUCACACCAUGACGGACGACGUUAUGUUCUGGAAGUGGAUCUCCGUCAACACGAUCAGUCUGGUCACAGACACGGCUGUCUACCAUUGGAGCAUGGAGGACUCUCAGCCAAUCAAAAUGUUCGACCGGCAUGCCAGUCUGGCAGGGUGUCAGAUUAUCAACUACAGGACAGAUGAACAGCAGAAAUGGCUGCUCCUCAUAGGAAUCUCAGCACAGCAAAACCGUGUGGUGGGGGCGAUGCAGCUGUACUCUGUGGACAGGAAGGUGUCCCAGCCCAUCGAGGGGCACGCGGCGGCCUUCGGCCAGUUCACCCUGGAGGGGAACCCCAACCCCUCCACCCUCUUCUGCUUCUCCGUCAGGGGUGCCGCUGGGGGAAAGCUGCAUAUUAUAGAGGUCGGUACGCCUGCUGCAGGAAACCAGCCCUUCACUAAGAAAGCUGUGGACGUCUUCUUUCCUCCUGAGGCCCAGACAGACUUCCCCGUCGCCAUGCAGAUCGGUGCUAAAUAUGGCGUCAUCUACCUCAUCACCAAAUACGGCUACGUGCACCUGUAUGACAUCGAGACAGGUGUGUGCAUCUACAUGAACCGCAUCAGCGCAGAGACCAUCUUCGUCACCGCUGCCCACGAGAGCACGUCAGGCAUCAUAGGAGUCAACAAGAAAGGACAGGUCCUGUCUGUGUGUGUAGAAGAAGAGAACAUAGUGGGCUAUGCGACUAACGUGCUGCAGAAUGCUGACCUGGCCCUUAGGCUGGCCAUGAGGAGUAACCUGCCCGGAGGAGAGGAGCUCUUCUUCACCGCUAGGGCAUACAACACACCCUUCAGCCAGGGCAGCUACACAGAGGCCGCAAAGGUGGCUGCGUCUGCUCCUAAGGGUGUUCUCUAUGUGACAAGGUUUGCUAUCGUGAGGUUCAGACUGUGCAUGCAUGCCCCUGGCCAGGCCUCUCCACUGCUGCAGUACUUUGGGGUGCUGCUGGACCAGGGCCAGCUCAACGCACUGGAGGCCCUGGAGCUCUGCAGGCCCGUGCUGCAGCAGGGGCGCAAGCAGCUGCUGGAGAAGUGGCUCAAAGCUGAGAAGCUGGAGUGCUCCGAGGAGCUUGGGGAUCUGGUGAAGCCGGUGGACCCGAGCCUGGCACUGAGCGUCUAUCUGCGGGCCAACGUCCCAAAUAAAGUCAUCCAGUGCUUCGCCGAGACGGGACAGUUCCAGAAGAUUGUGCUCUAUGCAAAGAAGAUGGGUUACACUCCUGAUUGGAUCUCUCUGCUGAGGAGUGUGAUGAGGGCAGGUCCAGAUCAGGGUCUACAGUUUGCCCAGAUGCUGGUGCAGGACGAGGAGCCACUGGCCAACAUCGACCAGAUUGUGGAUGUGUUCAUGGAGGGUAGUCUGGUGCAGCAGUGUACUUCAUUCCUAUUGGACGCCCUCAAGAGCAACAAGCCAGAGGAGGGGCAUCUGCAGACACGCCUCUUGGAGAUGAACCUCAUCCACGCCCCUCAGGUCGCAGAUGCAAUCUUGGGAAAUCAGAUGUUCACACACUAUGACCGCACACACAUCGCUCAGCUGUGUGAGAAAGCAGGGUUGCUGCAGAGAGCUCUGGAACACUACACGGACAUGUACGACAUCAAGAGAACCAUCGUACACACACACCUGCUCAACCCAGAGUGGCUGGUGAACUACUUUGGCUCCCUCUCUGUGGAGGACUCGGUGGAGUGUCUGCGGGCGAUGCUCUCAGCCAACCUCCGGCAGAACCUGCAGCUGGCUGUCCAGGUGGCGUCCAAAUACCACGAGCAGCUGGGCACACUCACGCUGCUCGAGCUCUUUGAGUCCUUCAAGAGCUACGAGGGCCUGUUCUACUUCCUGGGCUCCAUUGUGAACUUCAGUCAGGACCCUGACGUCCACUACAAGUACAUCCAGGCUGCAUGCAGGACUGGCCAGAUCAAAGAGGUGGAGCGCAUCUGCAGAGAGAGCAACUGCUACGACCCUGACCGCGUGAAGAACUUCCUCAAGGAAGCUAAGCUGACGGAUCAGCUCCCUCUGAUCAUAGUGUGCGAUCGCUUUGACUUUGUCCAUGACCUGGUUCUGUACCUCUAUCGCAACAACCUGCAAAAGUACAUUGAGAUCUAUGUACAGAAGGUAAACCCCAGCAGGCUGCCGGUGGUGUUAGGGGGCCUGCUGGACGUGGACUGCUCUGAGGAUGUGAUGAAGAACCUGCUCAUGGCCGUCAAGGGCACCUUCAGCACAGACGACCUGGUGGCUGAGGUGGAGAAGAGGAACAGACUGAAGCUCCUCCUCCCCUGGCUGGAGUCCCGCCUCUCGGAGGGCUGCGAGGAGCCAGCUACCCACAAUGCCGUGGCCAAGAUCUACAUCGACAGCAACAACAACCCUGAGCGCUUCCUGCAGGAGAACACGUUCUACGACAGCGCGGUGGUGGGCCGCUACUGCGAGAAGAGAGACCCGCACCUGGCCUUCGUGGCCUAUGAGAGGGGCCAGUGUGAUCAGGAACUCAUCAAGGUGUGCAAUGAGAACUCGCUCUUCAAGAGUGAGUCGCGUUACCUGGUGCGACGGAAGGACCCGGAGCUGUGGGCGGGUGUUCUGGAAGAAGACAACCCUUACAGGCGGCAGCUGAUCGACCAGGUGGUCCAGACAGCGCUUCCUGAGACGCAGGACCCAGAGGAGGUGUCUGUGUCAGUGAAGGCCUUCAUGACAGCCGACCUGCCCAAUGAGCUCAUCGAGCUGCUGGAGAAGAUCGUCUUGGACAACUCAGUCUUUAGUGAGCACAGAAAUCUGCAAAACCUGUUGAUCCUGACGGCCAUCAAGGCUGACCACACACGCGUGAUGGAGUACAUCAACCGCCUGGACAACUACGAUGCCCCUGACAUCGCCAACAUUGCCAUCAGCAACCAGCUCUUCGAGGAGGCCUUUGCCAUCUUCAAGAAGUUUGAUGUCAACACUUCAGCCAUACAGGUCCUGAUUGAGCACAUCGGUAACCUGGACCGGGCGUAUGAGUUUGCGGAGCAGUGCGGCGAGGCGAGUGUGUGGAGUCAGCUGGCGCGGGCACAGCUGGAGAGGGAGCUGGUGAGGGACGCCAUCGACUCCUACAUCAGAGCCGAGGAGCCCAGCGCCUACAUGGAGGUGGUCAGUGCCGCCAGCAGGAACGAUAACUGGGAGGAACUGGUGAAGUAUCUGCAGAUGGCGAGGAAGAAGUCUCGUGAGUCUUAUGUUGAGACUGAGCUCAUCUUUGCUCUGGCUAAAACAAACCGCUUGGCAGAUUUGGAGGAGCUCAUCAACGGCCCCACCAACGCCCACAUACAGCAGGUUGGCGACCGUUGUUAUGAGGAGGGCAUGUACGAGGCGGCCAAGCUGCUGUAUAAUAGCGUCUCUAACUUUGCCCGGCUGGCCUCUACGCUGGUCUGCCUGGGCGAGUUUCAGGCGGCCGUGGACAGCAGCCGCAAGGCCAACUCCACUCGCACAUGGAAGGAGGUGUGUUUUGCAUGUGUCGAUGGCGAGGAGUUUCGACUCGCCCAGAUCUGCGGGCUGCAUAUUGUCAUCCAUGCUGAUGAACUGGAAGAGCUCAUUCACUACUACCAGACCUUCUGGUCUGAGGAGCUCAACAUCCCUAAGGUGCUGCGUGCAGCAGAAGCAUCCCAUCUAUGGGCGGAGCUUGUGUUUCUGUACGAUAAGUACGAAGAGUUUGACAAUGCCAUCAUCACCAUGGUAACACACCCCACCGAUGCAUGGAAGGAGUCUGCCUUCAAAGAGAUCAUCCCAAAGGUUGCAAAUGUGGAGCUGUACUACAAGUCCCUCCAGUUCUAUCUGGACUAUAAACCGUUGCUGCUGAAUGACCUGCUGUCUGUGCUGGCCCCCCGGUUAGACCACACCAGAGCCGUCGGCUACUUCACCAAGGUGAAUGAACUUCAGCUGGUGAAGCCGUACCUGCGCUCUGUACAGAACCAGAACAACAAAGCCGUCAAUGAAGCCCUCAACCUGCUGCUCACACAGGAGGAAGACUACCAGGGCCUGCGGGCCUCCAUAGAUGCCUAUGAUAGCUUUGACAGUGUGGGGCUGGCCCAGGCCCUGGAGAAGCACGAGCUGCUGGAGUUCAGGCGCAUCGCCGCCUACCUCUACAGGAGCAACAGCCGCUGGCAGCAGAGCGUGGACCUCUGCAAGAAAGACAAGCUCUACAAGGAUGCCAUGCAGUACGCGGCAGAGUCGGAGGACUCUGAGCUGGCGGAGGCUCUGCUGCACUGGUUCCUGGAGGAGGGCCGGAGGGAGUGCUUCGCCGCCUGCCUCUUCACCUGCUACCCGCUGCUCCACCCCGACCUGGUGCUGGAGCUGGCCUGGAGGCACCAGCUCACCGACUUCACCAUGCCCUACUUCAUACAGGUCAUGAGGGAGUACCUCUCCAAGGUGGAUAAGCUAGAGGAGGCAGAGAGCCUGAGAACUGAAGAGGAAGAGGUGCAGGAGCCUGCCCCCAUGGUCUAUGGUCAACAGCUGAUGCUUACUGCUGGCCCCACUCCGAUAGUCCCUCAGCCUGGUUACCCUGGCUACGGUUACACCACGCCGGGAUAUGCCGCGCCCGCCUACGGGUUCAAUGUGCAGCCUUAAACCCCACCCUUUUACCCAUCAUACCCCUCCCACCCCUUGCGCUGUGAAUCCUGGGAAAUGUAUGCCUGUGAGAUACCUCUGGAUCCUCAACCCCUGCUCACCUUACAGCAUGAAGACCACUGCAGCAGCCCAGCAGCAGCCACAGCAGAAGAGCCGGUGCAGAACCCACACCGAACACUAGAGGCUGCUGUAGCAUAUAUCCCACCUUACCUUGUGUACACACACUUGUGUAUCACUAUCCACUGUCAGAUAGCAGCUUUCUAAGAAAGAGAGAGAAAAAUACAUUAUAUUUUUAGAAAAAAAAAAGAGAAAAACUAAAAAGUAAAGAGAGUUUUACAUAGCACUGCUCAUAGUCAUCGACUGCAUGGACAUCAGACAGCAGUCGCCACGACAACACGGGAGCGUUGGCACGGAAACGCAUGCAUGCAUUUGGAGAGUCGCUGUAGAUGCUCUCCCUCUGACUACUCUGUGGCCCGGCGUCUGUCCCAUGUCUCUCGUCUUUCUACCUGUUGCCUCAUUUGAAAGUCUUUAACGUAUCUCCUGUACUAAACACUGGGUCUGGAAACGCAUGGCACCAGAGAAAACGUGUACCAGACACAAUGGAAGAAAGACAUUGACAAUCACAGAUCUUUGUGUGUCUCUCCCCCUCAGUGGCAGGAAGUGGGUUCAUCAUGACCCGGAAGUGGAUGGGGGCAGAGGACAGCGAGGAAGAGGAAGAUUGCUGCUGGAUUGGAGGAAAGAUUGUGUGUUUACAGCGAUACAUUUGUGUUGUUAUUUUGUUUUUAUUUUUGUUUGUUUGUUUAUUUUCUUUGCCUGCAUGUGCUAGUGCUUCAUGAGGGAGUUACAACGCAACUAGAGCACAAACCCACAGAUGUAGUGCUGAAUUAGAAACCUCAAACAACCCUCUAUCUCAGAUAUGUACAAGCUCAUCUCAGCGGUGGAGAAAGAAGAAACCAACAUUCUAUGGUACUCAUACUUAUUUAAACAAACAAACAAGCAAAUAAACAUAUUCCCAUGUA